CGAGCGGGCUAGGCGGGCGAAGCGGGCAGGUGGCCAGGCACCGUCGGCCAGGCACCGUCGGCCGGGCCGCAGCCUCCCUCAUGGCCGGGUCGAGGGCCAACCAGGGUGAUCGCCAUUUUCAUACUUCAGAUGGAGGUCCAUCAGUUCUGUUUCAACCUUCUGCUCCCCAUUUUGAAAAGGCUGAGAAGAUUGAAGCCAUGAGAAGGGUGGAAAAACUCAAAGUUCAACUUGAUGCUAUAGAAAACAGUUUAAAUAGCCAUUUCUGCAACAGGAAGAAUAACUUGAGGAUUGAGCGUAGUAAGAUGGCAAAGUUCAACUGGAAAUUGACUAACAGAAGGGAACUAGAAAGAACUUCACUGCUCCAACAGUUGGCCAAAAUACAUAUCAAUGUAAUUAACAUUCAAAAUCAGCUAAAAGAUGGCAAACCUACACCCAAACAUGUGGAAAAGGUCAGAAUAAUUAUGACAGAUAUUGAAAAUGCAAUAGAUGCUUUCAAAGAAAAGCAGCAAAUCAGAUAUGAAGAUCUUAGUAGGGAGGAGAAAAAACUUACUAAAGAGCUCGAUGUUUUAAAGAGAAAAAUUGAGAUGUGGUCAUUGGGUGAUUCAGGAACAGGGAGAGCUUCGAGGGGGCCAUUGUGCAAAGUUGUCAUCGAUAAAGGGAUGCAGAGUAAUCUGUCCAAAGAAGUGGUGAAGUUUGAAAAAUUCCUCCAGCAUACAGGCGGCCGACAAGGGGGAUGGGAUGUUGAUGAUCAUCAGACUUUUUUGAAAGUGAAAACCAAAUAUCGAAGAAAGCCAUCCUACAUAGAAGAGAUCCUCGAGUAUUUCCCAGGAAAGACCAAAGAAGAUGUCCAACAGCAUGACACUUGGUAUCAAGAAUAUCUGCUAUUAGAAAAAAGGAAAAAAGAGUCUAUUCAGAAGUGGAAAGCUGAGAAACAGCUAAAAAGAGAAGAAAUCUUAAAACCCAAGCCGGUACUUAAGAUGGGUAAAACCUGGCAAGAAUUAGUUCAGAAAGAAAAAAAGGAGGCGAGAGAAAAACAAAAAAUGGCACUUGAAGCUUGGAAAAUCAAAAAAAUGAUAGAAAUGGCUGUGAAACGUGACCUUAGGUUAAAAGAAGAAGAGGAGCACAAGAGAAAGCAGCAGAAAGAACAGCAGCACCAGCUUCAAGUAAAACAACUCUUGGAAAGUUAUAUUCAAAAGAAGAAGCAACAGGAAUUUCUGAGACAAGAGAAAAUGAGGGAGGAUUCUGAAAAAGAAACAAAGAGAAGAUCAUCCGUAGAUGAAAUUUCCAAGUUUCAAGAGAGAGAUCUACAUAAACUUGAAUUAAAAUUGUUAGUCAAACGAGCAAAAGAAGAGGAAAGGGCAGAAAGAGAAAGAAGACUUUCAAAAUUAAAAGAGAAGGUUGAAGUUAAUGUUAGAAGAGAUCCAUCUAGGGUGCACAGACCAACCAAAGGAUGGGAAGAAAAGAUCAAAGGGAGAAGACCAGUUAGUGAGGGACAACUUAUGAGUAUCCCACACAGGGCUCUUCCAAGCUGGAGACAAGGCUUAUCAAGAAGAUAAUAUAUGGAAAGUAGAAACAGUUUGUGUUUUACCACCAUUUUCUUUACCCAAAUUGAAGACUACAGACAAAUACUGAAAUUGUCAUUAUGUAAUGAGUUCCAAGUUCUGAAGCAUGUGGUUGCCAAAUGUUGAGAUCUGUAUUUGCAACCUGAUACUAGAAGUAUUAGCAAUGUGGCAACGUUUUACUUUAAAAAUAAAAAAAUAUAUAAAUUAAAUU